AUGAAACAACCUGCGUUCAUGCAGCAAUCCUUGACCCAGAGCCAAACCUUUAACCUAUCCGGACAUAUCAUUACCUUGAAUUUCCGGAUCGAGGCAGCAGGAAACACUAGUAGUAGUAAUCAGAGCGGUGAGGCUAAAAAACCCAUCGUCUUAAGAGCGACGGAUGUUGACAAGAGCACAUCUUCAGCGGGGUAUAACGAGGCUCCUGUUCUUCUGCCAGAGAACAACGGCGAGACGGGCGAGGACUCCGUAGCCGAACUCAAAGAACGACUGCAACUUGCAGAUUUGCGCUACUCGGAACUGGAAGAGUUAUACAAAAACUAUAGACUUCGUUGGUUGGAGGAAUGUUAUCGGACCGGAAUCUUAGAAGAAUACGCACCAAACGGAAUCAGCACAUACCCUCCUCGUCAGAUCGCAUGGGACGCCCCUUCUCCUACUCAAAGUAAUGUGGACGACGGAAUCGAGGACCAUGAACAAACGCAGAAGACGUUGUAA